CGUAAUAUCAACAACUUGUUUCCUGGAUGGGAAUUUACUAAAUUAAUCGCGUAGUUGGUCACGGAAGAAAGCUGUUGCAUCACAUGCAAUGUAUAAAAUAGCUAUUUGAUUUAAAAAAAACCUUGUGUUUAAUUACCGUCAUGUCAACGUUCAUAAAAUAUAGAAAUGAUAGUACAGUGAGUGUGGACGAAGCUUGUACAAAGGAGAAUGUAACUUAUUAUUUAAUAACAGUAAACGUUGGGCCUGUGAAUUGGACCGUGCGACAUCGUUACAGCGAUUUCGAUGAGCUACACGACAAAUUAGUUUCCGAUCAUGGAGUCGCUAAAGAACUAUUACCACCAAAGAAAGUCAUACGUAACAAAACACCUAAAUUUAUCGAGCAAAGACGAGAAGGUCUCAAUGACUACCUCAAAAACGUAUUUAAUUAUUUGAAGCUAACUAUGCCUUACAUUUUUGCACAUUUUCUUGAUUUUCAUAUUUAUGAUAUAUUUUUCCUGCUACAAGAUUUGGCUAAGAAAUUGUUUUUGGAAGGUGACAAAUUACUUCAAAAUGAAAAGUCACAUAAAUUUAGCCCUUUAGAGCUCCAUGCUAUCAGCGAGAGAUUCAAAAUGGCCUGUCCUCCAACAGAGAAACAAGAUCAAAUGUAUGAUUUCAGUCACAUCUUGGAUUUCUGUUCACAAGUGAAUUCAUUGAGUAUUGAAGGUAGUUACGAGAUACUUGGCACAAGUAAUCUUGUGCCGAAUGACCUUAAGUUUGACUUAAUACCAUUUAAAACAUUGACGGAUUUGAAAAUACUUGGUGUACCAAUGGGAUGCAUACAGAGCGUGGGUAGUCUUCGUGAUACUCUAGUGAGUCUGUCGGUGCUGGUAGCUAGUGUUGUAUCCCUCAAUGAGUUCCUACUGGUAGAUGUGCUACACAAAGACCCCUCCAGUCUCGCUGACACUGUGACUUGGAAGAAACUCUCUGUUAUCAAUUUUGGAAGCAAUAAUAUAAAGAAUAUUGACUGGGCAAUCAAAUUGGUUCCGAGAUUACAGCAAUUAAGCCUUACUUCAAACCGACUGAGUGACUUGUGCGAUAUAUCUUGCCUCCACGAUCUGCGUGCCCUUAACCUCGCAAUGAACAAUUUCUCCAUCUGCGACAAUUGGCACGAAAAGAUUGGCAACAUUGUCAAAAUUGAUUUAUCACAGAAUAAAGUCGCUUCCUUAAAAGGAUUCUCCCGUUUAUACUCAUUAGAAAGUCUAGAUCUCAGCUGCAAUCUAAUAAACGAUGUAGAAGAAGUCCAAAAUAUUUGCAAACUACCUUGCUUGGAAUAUCUAUGGUUGACAGCAAACCCGGUCGCGUCGUCCAUAGAUUAUAGAGUCAAAGUCAUAGAGCAAUUUAACGCGCGGAUGUCAGAGAUUUGUCUUGACAAUGAGAAGGCUUCGGAAAAGGAAAUGGAUACGGCGAGAGUGUUACAAGCUUUGAGGAUAGUGAAGGAAGGAAAAACACCGAGUUUCCUAGAAAAUAGCAACACUACACACAGUUUUCAUAAAAGUUGACAAUUAUUAUUAUAAUGAAUAGUAAAUUAAAUGUUUAAAGUGAAUCGAAGCGAAAAGUAAAUAUUUUUGGAGAUGGUAAACUUGUAAUUUAGAAAUUUAAAUAAAUUAAAUGUUUGGGUGAGUUUAUGAGCUUCGAAAUUUGUAUAAAAUUUUUAAUACGAUUUGUUAAAUUGUGAUUUAUUCUAUAUUUUAGUUUCAUAACAUUCCAAGUCGGGACUUUAAUGUAUUUUUAAUAUAAUAAGGUGGCAAAGGAGCAAACGGUCUACUGAAUUCGCUGAAAUAGCGAAGCGACCGCUGCCUGCAAAAGCAGAUGCGUUACCUAUCUCUGUAAUGUAUUAAGAUGAAUAAAAAAAAGUUCUGAUCGCCAAAGAACAUAAGAAUGCCUUUAGUUUUUAUGUUUGCGGCAGUUUACCGUUUGUGCUUGUUAAAUUAAAUAA